AUGGCGAACCAGGACAACUCACGAAACUACCUCUCAGACCCUUGGGCCGACGAUGACGACGACCAGAGGCGCACUCGUCGUCGCAUUCCCCCCAUGAGGAUGCACCCUCUAGGCGGACCCCAGAGCGGCAGAGGGUCGUCGAGGCUGGCCAUCUCAGCCCCCGAGGAUGAGGACGACGAUCUCGACUCGGUGAGAGCCAUGUGGAAUCGCCGCCCUCAGCAGACAUUUUCGCCCUCGGCCCCGUCCCAUCCCUCCAUGAAUUCGCCCGGCCAUUUGUCUCCAGUUCUACGACCGCCCGAAUACGCCGACGACAGCCGUCGCCCCAAGCGACGCAAGUUAGACUCGGACAGAAUCGCUCCAAGCUUCAAAGGAUUCCGAUACGGCCGGUAUGGACAAGUCGAACCGGGCGAAUUGACCAUGGAAAUCGUCAGCUGCGACGGCGGGCUCUUCGCCAAUGAGUCCUCCUACGCAUACGAAAACAUCCUCAAGAAUGACCCGACCGUGUAUUGCACCAAGUCUAGCAAGUGCAACAUUGUUCUGAGGCAUCAGGGGGCAACCGUCUUCAGUCUCAAGGAGCUGGUCAUCAAGGCGCCCGGGUCAUGCAACUACUCGUCGCCUGUGCGCGAGGGAAUGAUCUUUGUCUCCAUGAACCAGGACGAUCUGCUCGCCCGAACGACUCAGUAUCAGAUACAGUAUGCGCCCUCCCGAUCUGGGCGUACCCGGGACCCGCGCGCUCUGGCGCCCAUCAUAUCGAUACGUCACAAUGAUGAUGGUACGACCGUCACGCGGACGCGGCUGCGCACGAGGCCUCUCCAUAACUAUUCUGAUGACGAAGAGGACAACCAAAGCACGGCGCAGAUGCCGCCCGACUUUGCCACUGACCCGCCGCCGUUCAACAUAACUACGGAAUGCGACGAGGAAGAAAGCGAUGAACCCAUGACGAAUAUGUUCUAUCGACGGCCCCCCAACCGGAUCGGUUCUCUGCCUUUUGAGAGCGACAGUAGCGACGAGGGCAACCCCUUUGCGCAAGACGAGUACGGCCUCGUGGAUGCGUGGUCGCCUGCGGCCCGACGGCGCGACACGCAGAACAUGACACUAGCCGAAGCUGCCAACGCACACCACCAGGUAGCGCACGAGGCCAGCGCCGGGUCCAGUGACUUGAUGGUGCCUCAUGCCAAGUUUUUCAUCGAGAAGGAUAAGAGCAAGUGUACAAUACGCUUCGAUCCGCCCGUGUCGGGGCGGUUCAUUCUAUUAAAGAUGUGGAGUCCACAUCGUGAAUCGUCGAGCAACAUCGACAUUCAGGCUGUGAUAGCCAAGGGGUUCGCGGGGCCGAGAUACUUUCCGUCGGUAGAGCUGCGGUAG